AUGUCUGCAUCACAAUUGCUACAAGAUCGAAACGAGACCUCCAGCAGGCUCUAUGCAGACCCUCACAACCCCCACCUCCACCUCGAACGAGGCAUCCAGUAUGAAAAGCUGGGCUUCCCCGAUCUGGCCUCCGCAGACGCAUACCGUGCGCUGUCUCUGCUAGAAUCAGUGGUUGAUCCAGAUGAGUGCGAGUUCCACGCAAGGCGGAAGGUAAAUCCUUCCCAGCCGAAGGCCGAGAAAGAGACGAAUGAGUCCGGCUCUGAAGUCGAAGAAGACGACACUGAGCCCAUCACCAAAGAAGAAUACGAUGCCAUAAUCGACCAGGUGUACGCAUUACUUGUCCGCAGUCUCGUCCGCUGCGGUUGCUAUCGCGACGCAUUCGAGUUCGGCGUGCGCGGAUUGAAACUUCUCUCUUCACCGACGUCAGUAGCCUCUCUCAACGAGCAAUUGGACCGCGUCAAGCAGAUCUACAAGUCUCGCACCAACUCCGAGACCUCAAACAUCGACCUGGACUCUAUCAACCCAAGUCUCCUCCCGGCCCAAGGAUUUGCCCGCCGAGUCCUCUACCCCUGGAACGAGCACGAGCCAGACCGCCGCUCCCCAGAAACCCUCAAAUUGCUCAACGACCGACUAGCAGUCGUUGCACCGAAGUGCGAAGUCCGCGCAGUAGCCUUACCAGUCUUACACGCCUCAGCAGACGACCCAACAAGCAUGGACCUCUCCGUGCAGCUCGGCCUCUUCGCGAAAGAAGACAUCGCCCCCGACGAGAUCAUCCUCCGCGAGUCCUCCCUACUCACAGCAACAAACCGUCUCCACGACGAUCUCUGCGAUGCAUGCAACGCGCCGCUUCCAGACCUUUCAUCCGACAACCCUCCCGUAGCCUGCGAAAACGGCUGCGUAGACAUCAUCUUCUGCAGCCAGGAAUGCCACGACAAGGCACAGGAAGUCUACCACGGCGCCAUCUGCGGUCUAGAAGAUGGCCUCGACUCAAUCGGGAAGGAUAUCCCCGAUCCAAAGGACAAGGCCGAUUACCUAUACCUGCUCCUACUGGGCCGGGCACUCGCCAUGUCCGCGACACAGGAUAAGCACGCGCUCGACCUACCGGAAGUGAAAUACAUCUGGGGCGAUUUCCACGAUUUCGACAUCGAGUCUGUCUCUGCGGAGACAAUACCUUCCACGGACGAUACGGCCACACUUCCAUUCUCGUUCCAGCUUAACGUCCUGCAGCCAGAACGCUUCCUCGAUGAAAUGGGCUUGGAUCCGUACGUCGCGCUCUACCGCUACGAUACCUGGGUUCUGAAUACGCUUUAUGCUAAGUUCCGUGGGACGGCGUCGGGAAGAUUGUCGACUUGGGAUGGGGGUCCGGAAUUGUGUGCUGUUCAUCCGUUGUGGUGUCUUGCAAACCACUCGUGUGACCCUAAUGUUACCUGGGAGUGGAGUAGUGAGAUUAAUUUCCGUGCGCGCAGGGAUGAUGAAAUGGCUGUUUGGUCGCGGGGGCUGGAGAUGAAGGAGCUUCGGGCUGGGGGGAUUGCUAAGGAUUCGGAGAUUUUGAAUCAUUAUUGUGAUAUUGCGUUGCCGGUUCAGAAGAGGAGGGAAUGGGCUUCUGGGGCUUUGGGUGGCACUUGUUUGUGUGAUCGGUGUGUUUGGGAGGCUGGGGAGAUCGAGUAG